CAUUAGAACCCAUAAAAAAAUGAAAGCUCUUAAACUGUAGAAGUGUCUAAUUAUAAAAUUAUAAAAUUCGUUGUUUUUUUGGAAAAAAGACUAUAGAAUUGUUUUCAUUACUACAAUACAGGUUCGAGCAUCUCAGAGGUCGGGUACUGGAGCUGAUGACGUUCACAUACCAAAACUGUGGUACUUCGACAGAUUACAAUUCCUGGAGGACCAAGAAUUUCCAAGGCCAUCCACAACCAUUGCAUCUGUACUAGAUGACAUGCCUGUUUGAAUAUGACGAGACUGAUGUUGAUGAUCCAGCAGAAACCCAAUCUCAGACCUCAUCAUCAUCUUCACGACCACAAACACCUGUAAGCAAUAAUUUUAAAAGACCACGUACAAAAGCUGAUCAAGUUCUCGACAAAAUUUCAAAACGUAUGGACCAACCACCAGAGAAACGCCUUCCGAAAGAAAAAUUUGCAUCGUUCGGAGAACAUGUUGCGGAAAAACUGCGCUACAUGCCUCCCGAAAUGGUACCAAUUUGCCAAAAACUCAUCUCUGACUGCAUAUUUCAGGGAGAUAUGAAAAACCUAAACAUAACAUCACGUAUUGUUACCGACUACAUCAACGUCAUGUCCCAACCCUCUACGUCACAGCCUAUUUCUUCUGAUCCAUCACUCAGAGGUGAAACCACCCAACUCCUACACAAUGCAUUUUAUGAUGACUGA